CAGAAACAACACGUGCUAAAAAAUAGUAAUCAAAUACAAAAUAUUUAGUUUUCUGACAAAUACGACAAAAUGGUGCUUCAAAGAGUCUCGAAACCAAAAACUCACAAAGGAAGAAAGUUUUUAGAGAACAGAGAACCUAAAAUCGAAGAAAAUGACAAAUCUGCAAUGUUUAUCAAAGGUGGAAACACAAGUCAAACUGUUACACAAGUUCUGAAAGAAAUGUACAUGCUGAAGAAACCAACAGGCAUCAUGAUGAAAAGGAAAAAUGUUGUUAGACCAUUUGAAGAUCAAUCAACUUUAGAGUACUUUUCAGAAAAAAAUGACGCAUCACUAUUUCUUUUUGGGUCUCAUUCCAAAAAGAGACCAAACAAUCUUGUGCUUGGCCGAUCAUUUGAUCAUGAAAUAUUUGAUAUGGUGGAGUUAGGAAUAGACAGUUUCAAGUCUAUGUUUGACUUUCGAAAUGAUAAAUGUUCACAGGGAACAAAGCCAUGUGUUAUUAUAAGUGGACAAGACUUUGAAUCUGAUGAAGAUUAUAGAAAAUUAAAGAAUUUGUUCAUUGAUUUCUUCCGGGGUCCAAAAACAGAGAAAAUAAGACUUUCUGGAUUAGAAUUAGUUAUUAACAUCACAGCAAUUGAAGGAAAAAUAUACCUGAGAACCUACAGAACAGUUUUAAAGAAAUCUGGUGCAAAGACACCCAGAGUAGAACUUGACGAAAUAGGGCCUUCAUUAGAUUUAACAGUAAAGAGGACCAAGUAUGCGUCUGAUGACAUGUAUAAACGAGCUUGUAAACAACCUUCAGAAGCUAAAGUUUCUAAAUCCCAAAAAAACAAAUCUCGUACAAACCUUGGAGAUCAACUUGGUAGAAUUCAUAUGCAGAAACAAGACAUGGAUAAAUUACAAGUUAGGAAAUUAAAGGGUUUAAAGAGAAAGAAGGAAUCCAAAGAUGAAGAAUCCAUUGGAAAUAGUAAAGUGAAAAGGAUGGAUGAUGAGUGACUGUUGAAUAUAUAACCAAUAAAACUAAACAUUAUAUAAUGUGUUGUUAAUCAUGUUACCAUUUUACUAUCAUAAAGUGAUGAAUCAGUUAA